AUGAGGGUGAUCUGCAUAUCAAAUGCUUCUCGCGUCUCAUUGAGACUCUCGACGCUACAGCGUGCUCGUCUGCAUAUGGGACGUGCCACUGGCUCUGCCACCGCAGACUUCAUUCGACGCUCUCCCUUUAAUGCUAGCGCAUGUCCAAAGCUUCGUAUAAGCCCGUCAGGAACCGAUGCGCACUGGGUCCAUGUUGGCAAGAGAGGGAUUGGGAGCCCCGACCUUUGGGCUAAAGACAUGCCUCGCAUUGACAAUAUCAAGACGCUCAUGUCUUCGUGCACAAGCAACUUCAUACAGACCGCUGUGAAUCCGCUAAGGACCACGGAAUUGGGUGAAAAGAAGGUCAACGUGGAAGCUCUGGUACUGAAGGAGGCCAUUGAAGAUCUAGAAAUCUCUCGUGAAUGUUUUGUAGUGUCUACAAUGAUUGGUAGCAAUGUGGUGGACUCGACCAAUCCGGAGACAAAUGAAAGAUUGACCAGAAAAUAUGUGGAGAAGGGGUUGGAAAUUACGAUGAAGGAGCUGGAUGUCGAGACAGUGGACCAUGUCGUCUGUCAGAUCCCGGACGAAUUGGCUGUGCUGCCAGAAAAGCAGAGGGAGUUGAUGGAGAAAUUAAGAGCUACGUGUGAUGUAUUGGAAACGUUGUGCAAUCAAGGAAAAGUGCAGAGUUACGGCUUUUCGUUGCCAAGUUUCGAUGUGUCGAGUAAACCACUGGAACAGUUAGUGGAGAAGACGUUUACGCCGUUGUCGGAACAGUUUGGACGAUUCGCUUCACUGCAGCUUCCCCAGCAUGUAGGUAGCGCGAUUAUUCCGCUGCCGGAAUGUGUGAUGCAAUUCCGCGAGGAACGUGAGAUGCUUCUUAUUGGUGACCGACCAAUUGAAGCGAUGCUGUCGAGCGGCAACCCUUUCCAUCUUAAGACGUACAACAUCAUCCCUGGUGAGGAUGUGGCGUUGCCACUGAAGUCGGCGUUUAACCUGAGUAUUGCUAUAGAGAAAAAGUACAUGGAGAAGAUUCGGCCAGCGAAUGAGCAUCUUGAUUUGCCACCGGUAGAUGAUGUGGCGUGGGCGCACAUUCUGGCCAACCAGCACAGCCAAUUUGACAAUCUUCAGGUCUGGCUGUAUGUCCGUGAGACACAAAUCUUCCCUCGCUUGAACGCAACCAUUAAGCGAUUCAACAAGCACAAGGAGACCGAGGAGCUGGGAUUCGCUUACUCGAUGGCCUUGAACCAACUGCUGAAAUGUUUUACUAGAUCGGUCGAGCUGGUAGACGCUGAUCGCUCCACAAGACUCAUGACUGCGUGGAAGGAAGAAGAUGGGUUGCUUCCGUCGGACAAGAUCACUACUGAAGAAGUGGCAGUGAUAGCAGCUCUUAGCUCCGGCAUGGACAUCACUUUACUUGAAGAGCAGCUCCCCGCUUCGUCCUCGCUUCCUUUCACCCACAAAUUCUCCUCGAACCAGUUGCAAAAGAUUGCGAUGCUAGCGGAGCCACACCUUACCGUUGAAUAA